AUGGAGAAGCCCUCAUGGGCAACCGUUCGGGGAAAGGUGGCUUUGGCCACCUAUACCUUGAUUCGCAUUGUCGCAAAUAUUUAUGUGGUCGCCUGGUGCAUGUGGAAUAACAAGCUGCGACAAGGCGAGGCAGGUUUCACCUCCUGCGAUGCGGUUGCAAGGCCCCUGAUCACAGCUGUUGGCGUGCAUGUCUUCCUCCAAAGACAGGAUCGUUUCUGUGCUGCUCUGCCCCUGCACAUUUGGAGUCGGCGCGCUGUGAUCUGCCUUGCCUCGUUCCACUGCGAUGCGAGCAUGCUGUUCCUAGCAAACUGGGCUUGCAUCUAUUACCGCAUCAAUGUGCCUCGCUUUGCGCACUCAGAUUGUCUGGCCCUGAUUUGGGAGGUCGCCUGCAAUGUCAUGCAAGUGCACAUGACGAACCUGAAGCUGCAAGCUCUGGGCCUUCACAUGGCAGCUGCAGCAUGUGCUGUGCUUACAGCGUGUGGCUGUGGCGCGUGUGCAUCUUUCUUCGUACUCUUGGUAGUGGGAGUUGGUAAGGAGGAGCUGCUGGCUUUGCCGCUACGGUGUGCACUUCUGUGCAACCUAUUGACGUUGCUCCUUCAAUGUUGUGGGCUCGUUUACGCUGCUAGCCGAGCUAUCACUAUGCCUGCACCGGUUGACGAGGAGAUCAAGUCAACAGCAUGCUUCUUGUAUAUCAAUUCUGUCCUGGUCGUUGUUGGUCCGGCUCUUACUUUGGUGGCUGUCUAUAACUUUGCUGCUGGAGGUCAACUAACAAGUAUGUACGGUGGUCCGGCAUGGUUGACCCUUGAUGUUGCCCUGCAAGUCAGCAACGUGCUUCUGCUGAGCGGGCUGAUCGGCCCUCGACAGUGGAACCAGCCCAUGCGUGCACUAGAGGCACUGGCAGACUUCUCUGGCUUUGGCUUGGCAGCCAAGCGCAUUGCCUUCCCUGGGCAAAUCAAUCAGACAGCUGCUGAGUGCAUCGCAUCCUUUCCUGGCAAGUACGGUGACCUCUGGGAUCAGGCUGUCUCUUCUGUGAAGCACCAGCAGGGCUGCUCCCUUGCAUGCGUGUUCUUAACAGACAGCGACUCAGGGCUCGGAAAGCAUGCAGAGAAUCCAGACACACCGGGACAGUGUUGGUGCCACAGCCUCUACGGCCAAGUGGGAGCAGCUGCAUACUUCAGCGUGGUUGAGGAGCCUGCAGAUGAGGCUGACAAUCCAGCCUGGAAGGAGAAGUUGGCCUUCAAACGUGCCGAUGCCAUGGCAAUGGGCCAGCGGCUCCUCAUCAAACGUGACCAGACAGACAUCAUCUGGCAGCAAGAGUUUUCGGACGCGCUGCGCAAAGCUGAGGACCUCUGUGCAGCGAACCAUGGCAGGGCCCCUUGGGGGUGCCAGUGGUUCCAUGAGUGGAAGAUCAACAUUGAACAGGCGCUGCAACUGAAACAGAGCCUACAUAUCUUCUACUAUGCGGGUCGGAAGGGCAGGGGCAAGAUGCGCUGGCAUGAGCUCUCUGACAAUUCGGCCAGAGAGAGCGUUCGGCCCAUCAGCGGUCUUGGCGCCUCACAAACUGCAGAAGUUGCAUACCUAGACCGGAUAGGCGCAAGCUACGUGGAGCAUGACAUCAGGGACUUCGAGGCAUUCAUGGCUACGUCACUUUGCGCGGUCUCGCACUCUUGUCCGAGCCCUUAA